AAGAUAAUGGCCUCUUAAAUAUAACUAAAUGUUAAUGCUAUGCUAAACUGAAACACGGAUACCUCAGAUACUUGUUGAUGAAGAUAUUAUUUAUUUUAUUACAAUAAUCAUUUCAAUGGAAAUUGCAAAAAAAGCAUUUCACACCAACAACAAAAAAACAACCUCAAUUCCAGAACUGAAAGAACAGAAAAUGGGAAAUACUCUGUCAACCUGUCGGGAAUGGAAAAGCAUGAUCUCAUACGAGAGGAAGUCAUGUGUCCACACAAGUUUAUUUGCGGUUGUGUUCACCCCGGGAAGACACUCUUCACAGAGACACUGUCUCACCAUGUCUGCUGCCUGCUGCUGCAUCUCUGUAUCCUGUGUCGUCCUUCACCUGCUCUUAUGUUUAGUGGGUGUAAGUACUGACACUGCAGUAUAUGGCACUGAAGGAGAGAACGUCACUCUUCCAUGCUCCUACAAUUCAGAGUAUCAUGGCCCAAUACGUAUAUGCUGGGGAACAGGAGAUAUACCAAACAUGGGAUGUAAUAACAAUAUUAUCACAACUGAUGGACAUAAAGUAACGUCUAGAGUAUCUGACAGAUUCCAAUUAUUGGGCAAUUUAACAACAGGGAAUGUUUCUCUGACUAUCUUUGAUUCGAUGCAAAUUGAUUCUGGAAAAUACUUCUGCCGCAUACACAUCCCUGGAUGGUUCAAUGAUGAAAAGCAUUCAAUCAGCCUUCUCAUCAAAAAAGGUUUUAGUAUCUUCUCUUCAGUACCUUACCCAUCAUCUCAAAGCAUGACAACUGGACCCUCAAUCACCGAAUCUCAUACAGAAGAUCACCAGCACACCUUCCCAACUGGACCCAACGAUACAACACCACAGUACAGUGAACUUGAAAGUCCACAGGUUUCUCAUCUCCAAGGAGUGCUGGUGGCUGCUGUACUGCUGCUGGUGGUGGCUGUAAUUGUGGUGGCUGUAUUCCUGAUGAGAAAACGACAGAAAAAAAGUGAUCAGGAUUUUCAGAUCAGAUCCCAGGCCUCUGGCAACACAGCAAUCUACAGCAACUCUGUCAGCAGUGUAGGACUCUUCUCCAGGGAAAUGGCAAUAGAGAAUGUCUAUCAUCUGGAAGAAACAGAUGUCUAUGAAGAAUGCCCCUAUUAGCAUUAGACACUCUCCAUAAUAUAAUGCUACAUGCCCCCAAGUCCACUGGGCGCAGGCGCUGCAUCCCCUAUAGUUACGGGAGGAGGUAAAUAAACACUCAAAGACGUCAUGGGACAAAAAAAACGCUGCUCCACCUACUGUUCUGGCGCUGCAUUAUUUUCAGCACUCACAGCCUUCGAAGAACCAUUCAUCAAAAAGAGUCCAUCCAAUCCGUCCGCCCGCCCAUCCGUAACAGAGUCGGAGUAGCCUAAAUCAGCCUUAAGACAAGCUGGUAACAUAAUUAAACUACAUGUGUCAUUAACAUAAAUAUCUACAUUUGAGACCACAAUAAUAGCCAACUUGAAGAACUGAACAGAUAUUGCAGAUAUACAUUGUUUACACUGUUUAACUUUUAUUUUGUUGUCAUUUCAUAUAUUUGGGAUCCAACCGUUAACAGGCAGUAGGGUGGGGUGGUUAAGCUGAAAGGUCCCUUGCUCUAAAUAGAUGUUUUUCUCCGAGUCAGGAGUUAAUUCAGUAUCUUUGAAUUGUACAUUAUUCACAUGGCAACCCAUUUGAUUUGUUUAGUGUCUUUUGUAAGUUCAACUUCUGUUAAUAAUAUACAGAGCUAAUAAGAAUGCAACAGGCCAUGAAAUAAAUGCACACAACUUCAUGCUCCAUGUUUAAGUUUAUUUCCACAUUGUAUGUAAUAUUAUUUUCAUUUCAAUGUAAUAAAUUCUUUUAACAGUAAAACAAACAAA